UAGAGAUCGCCAUCAUAAAGUUGCAGCACAUUGCUAAAGGCAGACACGAGUGACAUGAGCUCUUAAGCGACAUUAUUCAUGUGUUUAUAACAGUCCGCGACGCGUUUCUUGUGUUCGUGAGGCGAUUCCGAGCCGUUCGCGAGUCUGAGGCGGUGUGUGCGCGCGCGCUGAAGGGCUGAUGGCGUCUGGUGACGGAGGGGGUGUGGACUCGAAGGCGGAGCUCAGUGCUUUACUGGAGCAGUGGGAGAGAGAGCAGCAAGCGGGAUCCGGCGAACUCCUCAACAUACUGACCAAGAUCUCGGAUCUGGUGGAGCGGGAGACGGAGGCGUAUCACAAGGCGGAUCCGGACCCGUUCGAUGACCGCCAUCCAGGACGGGCAGAUCCAGAGUGCAUGCUGGGACACCUGUUGAAAAUCCUGUUCAAGAACGAUGAUUUCAUGAAUGCGCUGGUGAACACGUACGUGAUGAGCAGUCGAGAGGUGCCGCUGAACACCGCGGCCUGCAGACUCCUGCUGAACAUCAUGCCGGGCCUCGAGACCGCUGUGGUCUUCCAGGAGAAGGACGGUAUUGUGGAGCGCUUGUUUAAAUGGGCCCAGGAGGCGGAUCAGCCGCUCCGGAUCUACGCCACAGGCCUGCUAGCCGGAGCCAUGGAGAACCAGGACAUCGCCGCCAACUAUCGCGAGGAGAACUCUGUGCUGGUUCCUCUCAUGCUGCAGAGACUGAGGGAGCUUCAGGACAAGGAGUCGGAGAGCCGGAGAGACGGCAAGCGUCCGAGCAAGAGUCCGGCUCCUCUGCUCCCGCUGGACGAGGAGACGGUGGACGGAGAGUUCGUUCCCAGCGCUCUGCCGGAGAGCCCGGACGCGGAGCCCGUGUGUGCGCUGAGGAGCCUGGGCCGCUCCAACGCGGGCGUGAAAGGCCUGAUGAAGCCGGCGUCUGCGGUGCCGCCGGAGGAGAACGAGGCGCCGCUGGAGGGCUUGAGGAGCUGGAGGAAGAGGGAGAACGGCGGGAAGGUGAAGCAGAAGCUGAACUUCUCCCUGCCGGAGCCGGAGCGCAGCUUCAGCGAGCUGUCCAACAGCAGCUGGUCCGAGAUGAGCCCCUGGGUCAUCGGGAAUAACUAUCACCUGUUCCCGCUCACGCCCGAGAUCGAGCAGCGGCUGAUCCUGCAGUACCUCACCCCGCUGGGGGAAUACCAGGAGCUGUUAGCUGUGUUCAUGCAGCUCGGCGCUCGAGAGCUGCUGAUGCACUACAUGGACCUGAAGCAGACCAAUGACGUCCAGCUCACAUUCGAAGCGCUGAAGUAUCUUGCAUCUCUGCUCCUGCAUAAGAAGUUUGCUGCCGAGUUCGUUGCCCACGGAGGAGUGCCGAAGCUGCUGGAGAUCCCCCGGCCCUCCAUGGCCGCCACCGGCGUCUCUCUGUGUCUCUAUUACCUCGCGUACAACCAGGACGCCAUGGAGCGGGUGUGUAUGCUGCCGCACUCGCUGCUGGCGGAGGUGGUGAGCUACACGCUGUGGCUGCUGGAGUGCUCCCACGCCUCCGGCUGCUGCCACGCCACCAUGUUCUUCUCCAUCUGCUUCUCCUUCAGAGCCGUGCUCGACCUCUUCGACAAGCAGGACGGCCUGCGCCGGCUCGUCAACCUGAUCAGCACGCUGGAGAUCCUGAACCCCGAGGACCAGGGCGCACUGCUGAGCGACGACGAGAUCUUCUCCAGCCGGCAGACGGCCAAACACACCUGCAUGGCCCUGCGCAGGUACUUCGAGGCGCACCUGAGCAUCAAGGUGGAGCAGGUCAAGCAGUCGCUGCAGAGGACCGAGGGGGGGGCGCUCAUACACCCACAGCCCUAUUACAAGGCGUGCUCCUACACACAUGAGCAGGUGGUGGAGAUGGUGGAGUUCCUGAUCGAGUUCGGGCCGGCGCGCCUGUACUGGGAGCCCGCCGAGGUCUUCCACAUCCUGUCCUGCGUCCAGCUGCUGCUUCAGCUCAUCUCCAUCGCCUGCGACUGGAGGACCUACUACGGCAGGGCUGACACCGUGCGGUACGCGCUGGACAUCCUGAGCAUCCUGACGGUCAUCCCCAAGACUCAGGUUCUGCUGUCGGAGAACGUGGCGGUGCUGGACGAGAGCGGCUCCUCCAUCUCCACUGUCGGGAUGAGCAUCGUGCUGGUCGUCGCCGAGGGUGAAGUAUUCGUAAACGACGCCGAAAUCCAGAAGUCGGCCCUGCAGGUGAUCAUAAACUGCGUCUGCGCUCCGGACAAGCGUGUCUCCAGCAUCGGCAAGUUCAUCUCGGGAACGCCACGCCGCCGUCUGCCGCAGAGCCACCGCGCGAGCGAGAGCGUGCUAGCCAAGAUGUGGAACGUGGUUCAGUCCAACAACGGGAUCAAAGUCCUGCUGUCCCUGCUGACCAUCAAGAUGCCCAUCACCGAUGCUGACCAGAUCCGCGCGUUAGCGUGCAAAGCCUUGGUUGGAUUAGCACGUAGCGCAGCAGUACGGCAAAUCAUUAGCAAGCUUCCGCUAUUCAGCAGCGGUCAGAUCCAGCAGCUCAUGAAGGAGCCGGUGCUUCAGGACAAGCGUAGCGAACACGUGCGCUUCUGCAAGUUUGCAGCAGAGCUAAUCGAGCGAGUGUCCGGGAAGCCUUUGUUGAUCGGCACUGACGUGUCGUUAGCGCGGCUGCAGAGAGCUAAUGUCGUGGCGCAGUCGCGCAUCUCGUUUCCAGAGAAGGAACUACUUCUGCUAAUUCGGAAUCAUCUUUUAUCUAAAGGUCUUUCUGACACGGCUACGGCUUUAACGAAGGAAGCUGAGCUUCCCAUGGGGCUACAUGCGCUAGCACAUUCUAGCGUGCCGCCGUUCACUCCCGUUUCUGUGGCCACGCCUCCUUCUCCUGCCGCCAGCAUCCCUCGGACUCCUCGGCUCACUAACGGAGUUGCGGCUCGUUUGGGUGGCCACACCUCUCAUCACCUGCAGCCCCGCCCCUCGACCUCACAGGCUCCGCCCCCGCCGUCGCCUGUCGUUUCUCACCACAGCAACGGCUCUCCGCUAAUCGGGCGAAUCGUGUUCUCGCGGGAACGACCGUCACCGUGUCCCGCCGCUGGAGGGAAGAGGCCGAAAGUGUUGAGACAGAAAUCGGAUCAUGGCGCUUUUAUUCAGAGUCCGGCUAUGAAGAAGCAGCUGGACCGACAUCUGCCCUCUCCACCUUCUCUAGACAGUAUAAUAACGGAGUAUUUGCGUGAGCAGCACGCGCGCUGCAAGAACCCGGUGACGACGUGUCCCCCCUUCAGCCUGUUCACCCCUCAUCAGUGUCCCGAGCCCAAGCAGAGACGCCAGGCGCCCACCAACUUCACCCCGCGACACACUCGCCGGGUCGUGUACCCCAAAUACGGCGGAGUGGACGGAGGCUGUUUCGACAGGCAUCUCAUCUUCAGCAGGUUUCGCCCAAUCUCGGUGUUCAGGGAGGCUGAGGAGGAUGAGAGUGGCUUCAUGUGUUGUGCGUUCUCGGCUCGAGAGCGGUUCCUGAUGUUGGGCACGUGCACCGGCCAGCUCAAACUCUACAACGUGUUCAGUGGACAAGAGGAGGCCAGUUACAGCUGCCACAGCUCCGCCAUCACACACCUCGAGCCCUCCAGAGACGGCUCGCUGCUGUUGACGUCAGCAUCUUGGAGUUACCCGUUAUCCGCGCUGUGGGGGAUGAAGUCUGUGUUCAUCAUGAAGCAUUCCUUCCUGGAUGAUCAUUAUGUGGAGUUCAGCAAACUCUCUCAGGACAGAGUCAUAGGAACCAAAGAGCACAUCGCACAUAUAUAUGACAUCCAGACAGGACAGAAAAUCCUGACCCUCAAUAACCCCGACCUGGCCAACAACUACAAGCGCAACUGUGCCACGUUCAACCCCACGGACGACCUGGUCCUGAACGACGGGGUCAUGUGGGACGUUCGCACAUCUCAGGCCAUCCACAAGUUCGACAAGUUCAACAUGAACAUCAGUGGCGUUUUCCAUCCCAAUGGAUUAGAGGUCAUCAUCAACACCGAGAUCUGGGAUCUGAGGACGUUUCAUCUCCUCCACACUGUGCCGGCGCUGGAUCAGUGCAGGAUCGUCUUCAACAACAACGGAACCGUCAUUUAUGGAGCCAUGUUGCAGGCCGACGAUGAGGAUGACAUGAUGGAGCAGCAGAUGAAGAGCCCCUUCGGAUCCUCCUUCAGGACCUUCGACGCCACCGACUACAAACCCAUCGCCACCAUUGAUGUGAAGAGGAAUAUCUUCGACCUGUGCACAGACACCAAAGACUGCUAUCUGGCCGUCAUCGAGAAUCAGGACUCUAUAAACAUGGACACUGUGUGUCGUCUGUAUGAGGUGGGCCGCCAGAGACUCGCUGAGGAGGAGGAGGAUGAAGAAGAGCAGGAGGAGGAUGACCAGGAUGAAGACGACGACGAUGACUCUGAUGAUGACAUCGAUGACAUCGACACCGACCCGCUGCUGGCCGAGCUGAACGAGAACAACGGCGAGGAGGACGGAGAGCACGACUUCUCUCCGUCCGACGAUGAGGAGGUGGCGCGCCUCCUGGAUGAAGAGGCUGACGACGACGAUGAUGACGACGAUGAUGAUGACGAUGAUGAUGACGACGACGACGAUGAUGAUGAUUCUGAUGAUAAUGAGCGAGAUGUGGAGCUUGUGCUGGAUAACACAGACAGCUCUGAUAACUCGGACCUGGAGGACGACAUCAUCCUUGCCCUGAACGAGUGAUGCUGCAGGAAGUGACAUCAGACGAGCUCGACCCGUCCUGUACCUCAGAGAAGAUCUGGCAGGAAGACGUCAGUCCCCUCAGGAUCUCUCGUGCUCGUGCGAAACCAACGUCAUUGGUCGGAUGUGUGUGUUUGGUGAUGCGUUUCCUGCUCCGAAUGUCGGAGACCUGGCGUGCGUUAAACCCUCCGCACACGUGCCCGUCUCUUAUCUUCAUAGGUUUGCGUGCGUUUUAGUGUCUAGUGGAGUUCUGGGUAGCUCUGAACCACUGGAUGACCUUUGACCUGCCCACCACUCCUCAGGUGACCUCUAUAGUUUGAUUAAUCUAAACGGCUGAAUCGAGUUGCUUAGACGUUUAGUUGAUGCAUUUUUUGCUUUUUGAAGGGUAGUUUUGUUUGAUUUUACAAGGUCUGACUGAUUGGAUUGAGCAAUAAUUUCCUGUGAUCGGAAUAUAAAGGACGAUACGGCCCGUGGCCUGACGUCUGCAGCGCUUCCACAGGAAGACGACCGCUGCGUUUCACAUGGAAGUGAAACUUUUUUAAGCAUCCGUGUACAGCCUUCAUUUACUUUAUGGUUUAAUGUUUUUGCUCAUGCCUUUCCGAAAGUAAACCUCUAAGGCAACGUUGUGUACAGAAUGUAUUAAAAAUAUUUUUACUAUACAUGUUAUUACAAUAAACCGGAGAACAUUU